AUUCCUUUCGUCGGAUUCACACUAUCUAUAGCGUGUUUAUGAUUAUUAGCAGCUCGUAUUUUUGGAAGUCAGCUUCAAAAGUUUUUUUCCCCAACAUUUUGGGAAAUUCAUUGGUUUGAUUUUUGAACAUGGAUUUAAGUUCAGGGAUACCGGGCGAUGGUAGGUGUCUGUUCCGGUCUGUAGUUCAUGGUGCUUGUCUAAGGGCCGGAAAGCCCUCUCCAAAUGAAAGCCACGAGAAGGAACUUGCAGACGAGCUUCGUGCAGCUGUUGCUGAUGAAUUUAUAAAAAGACGAGCUGAUUCUGAAUGGUUCAUUGAAGGUGAUUUCGACUCUUAUGUUGCGAAGAUGCGACAGCCACACGUGUGGGGAGGGGAACCAGAGCUGCUAAUGUCGUCGUAUGUUCUACAGUUGCCAAUAACAGUUCACAUGUGGGAUAAGAAGAAGAAUUCCCUCAAGAUUAUAGCUGAAUACGGUCAAGAAUAUGGGAAGGAGAAUCCGAUUUGUGUAUUGUACCAUGGCUACGGGCACUAUGAUGCGUUGCAGAGCCCUUCCGAUGGUCUGCAGACGAAGCUGAGCAAGAGAUGGUGACAUAUGUAACAACUGAUCAGCAUCACAUUCAAGAAUGGCAGAAACAUGUAUACGAAAAAGGGAAGAUAUAACUUCCCUUUGUUACUCCAAUGAAAUUAUCUGCCUCAUUAUUUAGGAAAAGUUUAUGCACUUAUAACUCUAUUCCAACUCUGACAAAUGAAGGUAGCAUGAUUUGACAUUUAA